UUUUCGAACGUCUUAACAGCAUGGAUCAUACGUUGCCUGAAUUUAGUGCGAUAAUUGAUAAUGAUCAUGAUCAAAAUAGAAGCAUCAGCAAUGAGUAUUGUAACGACGGAAGCACAGAGAGUUAUCGGAACAGCGCUGACGAUGAUCUCUAUUAUGGAUCGAGAAAUGACACUUUAGGAAGCAAUGUUUCCGAAGAUAGUUAUUUUCCCAGCCAUGAAAUGAGCGUUGUUGCAAAUAAUAGUUUAUAUAACAGAAUGAUUUUAAAUUUUAAUGUUCCUUUGCAACUUCCGUUCGACAUUCAAUGCGGAAAUUUCUACUUCGAUGAUGAAAAAUUAAUAGAAUCAUUCCAAGCCCACCCCACCACUAGCAGUGAUUUGUUGUUGCUUGAUGGAGAAGGUUGUCAAGAUAUUAUAAUCAUAACAAGAGCUUUUGCUAAUCAGACAUUAAGGUUUAACCUAAGCCACAUCGUAACUUGCAAGAAAUUAACAGCUCGGAUAGUCCCUCCUAAACAACUACGGCGGUUUAUUAGCGAAAUCUUUAGUUCUCUGAAAGUUUUUAAUCCAACAGAAAAUGUAAAUGCCACGAUCCUCAAAGAAAGUACUAUUGGCUUCGAUCUUCCGGAGGGCUUGACUUUCAGGUUUAAAGAGUUCAAAGAACAUAAGAUUUUAUUUGAACUAUUUAAUAAUCAAGUCAGUGAUCAACUCUUAAAACAAGUGCAAGAAGAUGUAAUUUUAAAAACAAGAAAAGGAUUUCUAGAAUUUCAUCUAGAGGAAAAAGUGGUAAAUGAAGAGCUGAUGGACAUGGCUAAUAAAUUUUUUGGCAGCGGAGGUCACGUUAUAAAAAUGAUUUCAGAUAUGUUGGUUUACGAUCAUGUCAAGGAAUUUGAGGAAAACACCGGUAGACUCUUAAAUUCUUUCUUGAGAAGCAGUAAUAUUUAUUUGCAGGUGGAAGACAGUAGUUUUGCAUAUAAGAUGAUUUCACGAUACCAUGGGGAUUUAUCAAUGGGAAAAUCUCUUAUAGUCAAAACUAGUUAUAAUGAGAGAAGAGAUUUGAUUUGGAUGUUGGAUUUAAUUGAUGUUCCAUGUAAUUAG